UUUCACAACAAACUUCGAGUAGCCAUGGUCGCUCAAUAUCGUAACCUUGACUGAAUAUCAGAGCGGAAACAAGUAGCGCCCUCUUUCCUGCGUACCUUUGUGGCGCAAGCGUUUCCAAGAUGUUGAUGCCCAAGAAGGACCGUGUGAAGAUCUAUGAGUACCUCUUCAAGGAGGGGGUCAUGGUGGCCCAGAAGAACCCCCACCGGCCCAGGCAUCCCAACGUGCCCGUGCCCAACCUAUAUGUGAUGAAGGCUCUCCAGAGCCUGAAGUCGCGCGGCUACGUGAGUGAGCAGUUCGCGUGGCGCCACUACUACUGGACCCUGACCAACGAGGGCAUCACCUACCUGCGCGACUUCCUCCACCUGCCCUCGGAGAUCGUGCCCGCCACCCUGAAGCGGCCGACGCGCGCCGAGACGGCGCGGCCACGCGCUGCCGCCCCCCGCCCCGACGGCGGCAAGAUGGAGGGCGACCGUGCCGCGUACCGGCGCGUCGGCGAGGGCGGCCCCGACAAGAAGGGCGAGGCUGGCGCGGGUGCCGGCCAGAUGGAGUUCCGCGGCGGCUUCGGCCGCGGCCGGGGCAUGCCUCAGUGAGGGGGGACGCGGGGACAAAAUACACAGCCAGACGGACCAGUGA